AUGGCCGACCCAGAAAUCGACAAUAUCAAUUCUAACCAAAACGACGGCGAUAAUAUUUUUGUUACAACAAUGGACCAUCCAGAGUCGGUUGCUAGCAAUGUUUACGAAACGCCAAAUGGGACUAGGUACUGGACACCCAUUGUCCCCCAUGGAGCCAAACCGUUUUUGAAAGCUAGAUUUAAUACGAUUGAACAAGCAAUUGCAAUGUACGAGGCGUACGCACAACUUGCCGGAUUUGGCACCCGUUUGGGUACUUCGAAAAAAGUAAAAAUAGGCAACGAGAUAAUUACGACUCGGCGAUACGUUUUAUGCUCAAGGGCGCCAGUGAACAAACAUAAACAUAAAGAAACUAACCCUGAUGAUAUCGACUCAACUUCACCAUCGCGCCGUUCCAAUGUUAAAGUUACAGAUUGUAAGGCAUGUGUGAAGUUUCGUCGUAUAAAAAAGUCAACUGAUUAUGAAAUCUAUGGUUUUGUUGAACAACACAACCAUGGGUUUACCUCUCCCGAGAAUCUUGACUUAUCAUUAAAGCGAAGAAAGCUCGAUUUUUCUACACAAGAGUUCAUAGCUAAGUGCCGCAAUGCUAAUCUUGGCCCUACCAAAUCCCACAAGUUACAUGUUGCGAUAAAAGGUGGUCACCAUAAUGUUCACGGUACCGUUGUGGACUACAAAAAUUGUGGCCGUGACAUUCGAGAUUUUAUUGGCGAUAGAGACGCCCAAAUGAUAAUUGACAAGUUCAAAUCUCGAAGCGAAAAUAGAGUUAAUUACAGUUUUGAUACCCAUAUUGAUGAUAUGGAACUUCAGUUAAUAUUUUGGUGCGAUGGCGUUUCCAAACUAAACUACGAAGCGUUCGGUGACGUUUUGGCGUUCGACGCAACGUAUCAUACAAAUAUGUACGAUAUGAUUUUUGUGCCUUUUACUGGUGUUGACCAUCAUAAAAAGUGCACAAUUUUUGGGGCUGGGUUGUUACAUAAUGAGACUAUUGAAUCAUACACAUGGCUACUCCAAAAAUUUCUGGAAGCACACAAUGGAAAACAGCCACUCUUGAUAUUAACUGAUCAAGAUUGUGCUAUGAAACAAGCUGUCGCCAACGUAUUUGACAAGUCCAUCCACAGACUAUGUAUGUGGCACAUUAUUCAAAAGUUGCCAGCAAAGAUCAAGGGUAACGACAAAAGGAACGCGGAAAUCAAGAAAAAAUUCCACAAACUAGUAUGGAAUGUUUACAUCAAACCAGAAACAUUUGAAAAGAGAUGGCAUUUACUUAUUGCUGAGUACGGUUUGCAAGAGCAUUCUUGGUUGACUGAGAUGUAUUUGAUUCGUGAACAGUGGAUCCCAGGAUAUUUUCGCGAAAUACCUAUGUGUACGUUAAUGAAGACUACUUCUAGGUGCGAAAGCGCCAACCAUUUGUUCAAAUCAAACUCUAGUCCACACAAUACUUUGGUACAGUUUAUGUUGUGCUACGAUACGUCCGUCGAUGGGUUACGAAAUGACCAACGUGAACUCUCUUAUCAAACAGACACCACUAAUCCAGAAUACAAAACUAAAUGGCCGAUCGAACGUCAUGCAAACGCAAUUUAUACGAGAAAAGUAUUCUUCGAUGUCCAAAAGGAAAUUUUCAAGGGUAAGGAGAAUAGUUAUAUUGCUGAACGAUCAAUGUCAGAUGGAGUAAACUGUUUCGUGAUUGCUCACCAAGAUCAAACAUCAGAAGUUUUAAAUGAGUUCAAGCAACUCACCCUUAAAUUGCAGGUCACGUUUAACAAAGAAGAUCUAUCAGUUACCUGCAAGUGUAUGGGAUUUACCCGAAAUGGAUAUCUAUGCCGUCAUGUGUUCUGCGUACUUGGCCAUCAUAACAUACAUAAGAUUCCAACUCAAUAUAUUCACCCAAGAUGGAGGAGAGAUGCUAUUCCUAGCAGUGUGUAUAGCAUUGAAAACAGGUUAUCUAUUGAUCAAACAAGUAGCGGAAGAUUAUGGCGCAACAUAUUAGAUAAUUUGGAAAUGUGUAGAGACAGAGUGAGAGGCAAGAUUGAUAAAUUAGAGGAACUCGAUGCAGAGGUACAAGCAUUAAAAGAUAGGAUCUUUGCAGAAGUUCCAUAUGAUCCGGAAAUUAAUAAGAAGGAUGUCGUCUACCAGGAAAUUCUUUCCCAUGCCAUACCAGAGGCGCUCUCGUGUACUGCGCCGAAGAAAAUCCGUAACAAAGGCUGUGGUAAGCAUAAACGACAGGUUGGCGCAAGGGAAAUAGCAAUAAAGAAAUUCAAAAAAAAGAGAAGAAAAUGUAGUGUUUGUGGGAAACUGGUUAGGAAGCAUGAUAAAAGGAAUUGUCCAACUUUAAAAGGUAAACCAACGAAGGAUGCUUCAACUACCGAAGAAGAAGUUGACGAGGAAGAAGACGAUGACCAUUCUGAGUACGACGAAGAAGAUGAGAACGAUACUGACGGCGAAGGAUGCGAAACCGGUAAUGAUGGCGAAGGAGACGAAACCGGUACUGAUCUCGAGGUUAACGACAGUGACGGCUAG